GUUUCUCUAAACAAAGGGCAGCGGCUAGUAUCCAUUCAAUCAGCAAAAUUUCAUGUUUAUGAUUGGUGCAUUUGAUCACGUGAGCUACUAUAACUGACGCUGUGUUUUGGCGGAAUAGGUCAUUGAGCAGUAUAGUAUUUGGAAGGAUAGCAAGAUGGCAGGAGGUAAAGCCGGUAAAGAUUCUGGAAAAGCGAAGGCAAAAGCAGUUUCCCGUUCCGCACGAGCAGGAUUACAGUUUCCAGUCGGUCGUAUUCACCGUCACUUGAAAAACAGAACUACCAGUCAUGGAAGAGUUGGAGCUACGGCAGCUGUUUAUAGUGCCGCUAUAUUGGAAUAUCUUACAGCUGAAGUAUUGGAGUUGGCAGGUAAUGCUAGUAAAGAUUUAAAAGUAAAACGUAUCACGCCCAGACAUUUACAGUUAGCUAUUAGAGGAGAUGAGGAAUUAGAUUCCCUCAUUAAAGCUACCAUUGCUGGUGGUGGUGUCAUACCUCAUAUCCACAAGUCUUUGAUUGGAAAGAAGGGUUCACAGAAGGCAGCAUAAUACAAUGCACCAUCACGUUGGAUUUUAGACUAGCUGACUGUCCAAAUCAUCAUCAUUCAUCAUCUCAUCAUUAUAGUCUCAUUUAUUGUCUUCAUCCUCAUCAUUUUCAUUGUAGACAAUUUUUAUUAUUUACGUUUUAAAAUUUGGUAUUCAUAUUGUGUCAAUAAUCAACAUAAACACUAACUUCUUA